CCGCGCCCUCUCCUGCGCUGGGCCCGCCCGCUGUCCUGCCCCGCCAUGAAGUUGAGCAGCCGCGGCCGGGGAUGCUGCGCGGGCGGCAGCCGGGAGCGCGGGCCGCCGCCGCGGAGCCCCUUCGUGCACCAGCUGCGCUUCAGCCCCCUGGAGAAAGCCAAGCUCCCCUGUGCAUGAGAGCUAUGAUAGUGGAUUUCAAGACAAGAAGCAGACCUAGAGAAGUAGAAACAAAGAUUGCCUUCAUGACCUUGACUCUGUUUCCUAUCCGACUCUUUUUUGCUGCUUUUAUGAUGUUGCUGGCCUGGCCUUUUGCCUUCAUUGCUUCAAUGGGAUCUGAUGAGCAGGAGCUUGAAAAGCCCCUCUCCUGGUGGCGAAAGAUAGUGGAUAUUUUGCUGAAAGCAAUAAUGAGGAUGAUGUGGCUUGCUGGUGGAUUCCACUGGAUAAAUGUAAAAGGCAGACGGGCGUUGCCAGCAGAAGCAGCAAUAUUAACAGUGGCUCCCCAUUCUUCCUACUUUGAUGCCAUUCCAGUAACUAUGACCUUCGCCUCCAUUGUGAUGAAAGCAGAAAGCAAAGACAUUCCUGUUUGGGGAACUCUGAUCAAAUAUAUCCGACCAGUGUUUGUAUCUCGGUCAGACCAGGAUUCUCGCAGGAAAACUGUUGAAGAGAUAAAGAGACGUGCUCAGUCUGAGGGUAAAUGGCCACAGAUAAUGAUAUUCCCAGAGGGCACUUGCACAAACCGAUCCUGUCUAAUUACAUUCAAACCUGGAGCAUUUAUUCCUGGGGUUCCUGUACAGCCGGUGGUUUUACGUUAUCCAAACAAACUGGACACAAUAACAUGGACAUGGCAAGGGCCAGGAGCGUUUGAAAUUCUGUGGCUUACUUUAUGUCAAUUUCACAAUUCUGUGGAAAUCGAGUUUCUUCCUGUGUAUAUUCCUUCAGAAGAAGAAAGAAAAAAUCCAGUGUUAUAUGCCAAUAAUGUCAGACGUGUAAUGGCAGAGGCAUUGGGAGUUUCAGUGACAGACUACACAUUUGAAGACUGUCAGCUGGCUUUGGCUGAAGGACAACUUCGUCUGCCUUCAGACACAUGUCUUUUAGAAUUUGCAAAGCUUGUGAGAAGCCUUGGGCUGAAGCCAGAAAAACUUGAAGAUGAUCUUGAUAAAUAUGCUGCAAGUGCCAUGAAAAUGAAGAAAGAAAAGGUUGAUCUUAAAGAAUUUUCAGCCUACUUGGAAUUUCCAAUUUCUCAGACAUUAGAAAGUAUGUUUGCACUUUUUGAUGAGAAUGAAGAUGGCGUAAUUGACAUUCGGGAAUUUGUCAUUGCUCUGUCAGUUGUCUGUAAGCCAUCCAAAACUCUGGAAACAAUUCAGUUGGCAUUUCAGCUGUACCAGUCAGAAAGCGGAACUAUAACAGAAGAGGAUUUAGCUCAUAUUCUGAAGACUGCCAUGGGUGUGUCACAGAUUGAUGUUACACAUCUUUUUAGGGCUGUAGAUGAAGACGAAAAAGGAAAGAUUACAUAUGAUGACUUCUACACAUUUGCUGAGUUGCACCCACACUUUGCAGAAGACUAUCUCUAUGCUGAUCAGAUGGGAGCUGAGAGUGGCUUGGAGACUUCAUCUCUUUCUGCUCCUAAUGGUAUCUGUACUGACUUCAGCCCUGACAACGCUGGAGAUAGAAAGAAGCCCCUGCAGAAGAAACUGAAUUAACACUACAACUGUUACCUUCCUCUCCUGGUGAGAGGGUUGUAUUUUCUUGGAAUUUUCAUAAGUCACUCCAAUUAUACAGCAAAUACCAGUUUUGUGUGUGAAAAUUCUAUCUUAAUACCAUCCUUUGAAUCGUAUGUGCUAUAUUUAACAACAUGUUCCAGGUUACUUUGGGAAAGGUUGUUUUUGGUUGUUUUUUUUUAAAAGGUCUUUGAAAGGUAAUAAUGUGAAUGUGCUUCAUUAUUAAUGUUCAUAUUUAAAAGGAAGCGGCACAACUUAUUUAUAUUCCAUUGGCUAGUUCCAUGUACAAAGUGUCGCACAAACCGUGCAUGUAUAAAGAAACUGUAGCUACUAUGGUGUAAAGUGCACUUUGGUGAUUAGUGUUUUCCCUAGGUAUGGGAAUGUUUAUUUGGGGCCAGACUUUGCUGUCCAUAUCUGAAUAGUCAGUCUUGUUGAUUUCAGUGGGAUUAUUCUCUUGAGCAAAGCAAGCAUACUUUGGCCCUUUGUUUUGGUUUCAGUGAACAGUUUGGAAAUGGUCAUACAAAAACUUGCUAAGGAUUACUUUUUAUUUUUAUUGUUGAAUGACAAAAUUAUUUCUCUUUCCAUGGUAGAAUGAAAAGGAAAGGCUCCUUAUCCGUCACCCCAACACUUUUCUACUGUAAUAUUCCGGAUGCAAUUAAACAUGAAUUCUUUCCAAACUGACAUGCCACAUACUGUUUGAAAAUACGUAACCGAACUGUUUGUGCUUUUCUCUUACAACCAAUUCAAAUCAUGUCCAUAAAACAUUUUAAUGGGAGAUGUUUACACAGCUAUAUUUGAUUUAGAUUUAUCAGGAAUCACAGGUUUCUUUUGUAGAAAGCCUGUACAGAUAACAUAGCAUGGAACACACCAUGAAAACUUUGGUGUAUCAGCACAAGUUGGAAAACGUUGCAGUCACUUCAGAGGCCAAGCCAGCAACAAGUUACAGAACAUCCUGAAGAAGUGCUAGUUAAAUCUCUAUAGCAACAUUACAUAUACUUCAUAGAACAUACAUGAAUCUUAGAAUAGUUUAGAACUGUUAAAAAACCCACCGCACUUCUAUUAGUAAUACCUACGUUUCCUUUUGUAAAGCCAGAUGCCUUAACUACUACUGGGGGUCUCAGAGAAAAAUCUGGACUAUUAUAAAACCACAGAGCUUCGUUGAUUAGGAAAUGUGACAAAAGCCUCAAGGAAUAGGAAGGAGGACUCUGUCACAAAAUAACUGUGAUGGCAACUCUGCUUCCAAACAAACAAAAAUCUUUCAAGUAAUUUCUGACUAAUUUUGUAGGGCUGUGCUAAAAUAUGAUGAUUUUGUGAUUGGGAAAACUGUUGAGAUUUGAGUCUUCCACAAAGGAAUUUAAAACUAGAUUUGAAAGGAAGGAAUUUUAGCAAAGGAAGUCUGUUUGUGCCAAAUGCUUCUAUAACUCUUUUUUAAAUAGCAGGAGGUGUUUUAAAGCUCAUUAGGGUAUUGGAAUGUGUCCUUAGAAAUCCCUAACCAUAUGUGACAGGUCUCCAAACUGGAACUGGCUUUAAUAAAAACGGUAGGAGGAAAAAAAAGUAAGAAAAUACGCUUUAUGAAGGUAUGUAGAGACAAUAAUUAAAUUUUUGAUUUAUCUAGGUAACAAAAGCCAAGCUGACAGGGAGGCAGCAGACUUCCUGACUUGAAUUAAAAUUGAUCAUGAAAAACAGGAGAAAUGGAUUGAAAAAAUAAGGCAUAUGAUAAAGUACAGUUAAGUAGGAAUAGUCAGCUGCUCAGAGGAGGGAGAAGGUAUUACUGUGUUAUAUCUUGAGGCAGGGAUGGCACAGAAUAUGUCAAACUGAGCACUGUUAACUCAUUGCUGCAGAAAAGAUGCUCGUGAUAGAGGGAUGCAUCAGCAUGUGGCCUGUGAGAAGCAGGGUGGUAUUUUUGCAUUACCAAGAUGUGAUAAGGUCUCACCUGAGGUACUUGUUCAUACUGGGGCACCUGAGAGAGAUUGGGUGUAACUGGAUAAAGUCUGGAGGACAGAAAGUACUCAAAAAGAGAGAUCAAAAGUAUCCUUUAAUCCAAAGAAGAGGAGACUGAAGGAAGAUGUGAACAGUCUUCAAAUAUGGAAAAAAUUGCUAUAGAGAAAACAGGAACUCAUGGAUGGUAGAUACCAGCUAUUAAUUGAAAAGGCAAGUUAAGCAUUAGGAAAAGUCUCUGACAAAAUACUUAGUUAAGCUAAGGAGAAGGGUUAUUCCAGAUGGGGUGAAGCGCCUGCCUUCCUUCACCGGAGGUUUUAAUAACAGAGAAGACAGCUGAGAUAGAGACACUUGAUUUUGUUGAUCAUGCCCCAGGGUCACAGGGAAAUGUCCCUAUGGUCUGUUUUCUGUAAUUAUACAGUAUGUAAGGGAAGGCACAUAUAGUCUGGACAUGUUGAAUCUCUGCAAGACUAUGGCACGUGGCUCAAGCUGGCUGUCUAAGAUACUUGUCUUUUGCUUUGUAUGUGAGCUUGGGAAUUUGAGAAUCUCAGAAUGCGGGGAAAGAGAGUUCCCCAACACGUGUCUGAAAAGAAGAAAAAGGUAAGCAUAGAAUCCUGUGGAUAACUUUGAAGUGAGAGAAGCUCCAAAGGAAGAGAUCCUCUGCCCACAUCUGUGAAAGAGUAAAGAAAGCUGCUUGAAGUUGGCUGAAUGCUAUUGUCUAAUUUGCACAUAUGGUGUGAGUAACUUGGGGGUCUGUUUUAUGAAAGCCCAUAGGUUCAUUGGCUUUUUUAAAUUUUUAUUUGAGAUGCUUUGUAAUUGUGGUGAGUAUAAUAGCUGUACUUGUGUGCACCUAAGCUGUACAGAGCACACUGAAGGGCGCUGCAGCCUGUAGUAGAUGGGCCCUUAAACAGGAGCCACAUUCUGUGGUGAAGAGGCACUGAAAGUCCUGUGCACCAGUGAGCUCAGUCCAGAGCUGCUGCAGAAGGCUGGUGACCAACACAAGUCACAAGCAAGUAUUCUUGGUGGAUUAAAACUCAUUUUAAACAAAGGCAUAAGACAAAACAACAUAUUCUGGAAGGAAUUGUGAUUCUUCCUCUUUUGAGAAAUUACUGAAUGAGAUGGAGACAUAAUAGGAUCAAUGAUAGGAUGAAGGAUCAGCAUGCAUAGAAACAGCAUUAGAUCACACAUCAUGUCACCAACACUGAGAUUUAUUAAUAUAAUUCCACUGUAGAAUAUAAUAUGAGAGUGCCUUGUAGUGAGAGAAAAGCCACAUUACCACAGGGUGGUGAACUCAGACUCUUGAGGGCCAAGACCUGUAACAUGUGGCAUGACUGCAGCAAUAUUUGUUACAAUUCAUCCAUCAAACUCCAACUGCAGAAGUGUUUCAGUAGUUCCUGAUGAGAACCCUUUUUAGAGGCAUGUGACUAUGGAGCAGCUGGGUUUUGACAGUCAAGUUUCAGUGACUUGCUGCAAACUUGGAGUAGAAGUGAAAACUUCCUUUCCCCUUCACCAAACAUUGACAUGUAAAUGCUUGCCAUUAAAAUAUUACUGAUUUUAUAGGCAGAUUGUUAUAUUUUAACAGGUACUAUCAACAGCCCCUAAAGUUACAAGGAGACAUAUGCAGAAAUUACUUUGAUUCUUUGCAACUACUUAACUUCAGAAAUGAUCCUUAUACAAAAAAACGUAGGGGUGUGAAGGCAUUUGACAUUUCUGAUGAGCAUUUUUGUACUCUUAUGUAACGUUGCCAUCCCUUGCCAAGUAGAGCUCUUGCAUCAACCUGAAUUUUUACAUAUUGUAUGAGGUACCCAGCCAAGGCUCAGAAGUAUUCAGUAAUACUUCUGAACAAGUAUUUAAAGUUACACAGAAAAGCACAAAAUCCAAGAUAACUGAAGAUUUGGGGGUUUGGGUUUUUUUUAUUGCUUCAUUUAUAUUUUUCAAGCAUAAUGGAGCCCCACUAAAACCAAACAAAUGUUUAGUAGGUGCAAAGCAUGUUUAAACCACUGUCUCUAGCACAGUAUGGCGAGUGUUAUUACAGAUUUUUUGGAGAGUCCGUUGCUGUAGCAGAUACAAUGCUUCAUAGGCAAUCUAUAAGCCUUAUGGAGAAACUAGGGUGUACAUUUAGUUUUAUAUUCAUUAAUUACACUAUAUGUUUUGAUGCAUUUAUUGUAGCUAGAAUGAUCUAAGUGUGAUAAAUAGCAAACAGAUUUGUGUGUGUUUGCUAAUCCCAUUUUGAAGGUAUAAAUCCUUAGGUCACAGGGGUUGAAAAGGACAUGUGUGCAGUAGGAAGUGAUGCAACCUCUUAAGUGACACAGCUGCCGGAAGGAAAUAGCUAAGUGUCACACAGAGCUCUUUAUUAAUGUGUUCAUGCAAGCUGAAUACUUCUGUUAGCUAGUUUAAGCAUUGGGCUGCUUGGAGUACUUUUGUAUUCAUAAAAUGCAGUAAACAUUUUUCUGGAAAAGUCAUUGAUGCACUUCAACAUCUGAUAAAUUUUUGAAGCAGGUAUGGUUUUAUUUAUUUAUGAGUUCCCUGAUAAGUCCAUCUUUGGUAUUGCCAUUAAAUUAUUCUUCCUACUUUUGUAUUACCAUGUGGUAAGUAGAGCUUCUCAUAUUAACUGUUUUAGUCACCUUCUGCUCUCUGCUCCUUCAAAAAUAGCGUUCUCAUUAAAAGACAAAAAAAAAUUUAAAAUUUAAAAAUUAAAAAAGAACAACAAAACCACAACACCCUAGUAGCACUUGCUGUAGAUCCUGUGAUCUCAGAAAAAAAAAAAAAAAAGCCCUGUAAGCACAGCUUUGCAUACGUUACAGGACUAAACUAGGCUGGAGAGAAAAGAAAAUUCAGAUUAAAAACUCUGACCAACUAAGUUUAAUUCUUCUUUAGGUCAGAGUGUAUCUCAUAAGACUUUCUGAAAUGUUGCAUUUUACUUAAUGUGAAGCCUCUGCUUUUUUCUCUAGCAGAGUUUUCAUGAGUGCUCUAGAAAUAAGAAAUGACAAAUACACUGGCCAAGAUUUCUACAUUAACAAAACUCAGAUUUGGCUCCUAAAGCCACACUGACGCACAAGUUCCCUGUGAACCCGGCACUUCAAACAGUUUGCUACUUUUUAGGUAUCUGAACUUCAGCUGAUAAGGAAAACUUAAAUUAUUCUGAAUAGAUCUUUAACCAAAAAAAAAGAAGGAAGAAUACAAAAUGGAAAGUAAGAGUUAUCAUCAGUGCCAUUGAUAAUGAGAUAUUAAUUAAAUUAUUAAUUGAAGAGUCCAGCAAAGCUGCAAAAUCUGUUUCACGUAUGAGCAGGAAGGCUGACAUGGUCAUUCGGGUAAUUUUGCUACCCUGACUAGGUAGUAUUUAAGCCAGGUGGUCUUUAGUCAGAGGAUGAUUUCUUGAAGGUACUGCAGCAUGCCAGUAAAGGUUUGGUCACUGGCAGUGUAGACAGUGAGACUUCAUCUUCUCACCCUGCCUUUUUUCUUUGAAUUAUGGAGAAAAGUAUUCAAACCAUGACAGGAACCUUGUAAGAUCUCCUUACAGGUAAAAACCCUCCAGCACCACCUCAGAGGCACAAGACGAUUAUUGUGUGGUACAGUUAUGGUGGUGAACUGGGUAUACAAUGUUGGUCACCAACACCUUUGGUCAAACCAUGUAUAAAUGGUAAUACUGAUGUAAAACUACUGAGAGAACACAGCAGCAAACACGGCAUCCUUUAGUUGUGCUUGGACUUGGGUCUGUGAGUAUUUCCUGCAUCUCAUACUGCUCAAGUCAAGACAGUUUCUUUCUCUAGGAAACAUUUCAGGUUUCUUUCAAGAUACUAAUAAUUACUUUGACUUCUUCACGUGGAAGAGUGAUUUGUUUUGUAGAAAGCAGCUUCUUUUUCCCCAGAUGGUGUGAUGUGCUUUAUCAUGUGCAAUGUGAUUAAACUGAAGUGGGUGAUACCAAGAGAGCAGAGGAUGUAAGAGGCUUAUGAAAUAGAGGGUUCAUGUUUCUGUGAGAUAUGCUGAGACAUUUCUGCAUGGUAGUUGAUACUGCCUAGACUGGCUUGCAAAUUCAUUAUGCAAAAUAAUUUUACUAGUUGUGUGAUAGCAGUGGCUGUUUAUUCCAUUUUCCUUAGCAGGGUGGCAGAGCAGAGUACUCCUGUGCAGGCCAGCUUUGGGAUAUAGAUGAAUUUGCAGUUUUAAAGUGAUCACUCUGGGAACAGAAACAGUAGAAUCACCUUAGCACUGACUGCACCUCAGUCAGUUAUUCCUGUUACUUAACUUAGCUCUUUGUGUUAUUUUUUUUAUGAACACAAUUACCAUGCUGCUUUAUUCUGAGUGAAGUUGCACAGAGCCAUAUGAACAUCAGAGCUCACUUGGGAUAGCUUGGGGAUCUCAAAAAAGGUGCUGAAUGAUAAUCUGUUGGUAUAGUGUUACAUUUCAGUUUGUUCGCUUUGACCAAAAAUGUCAGAAGCAAGAGGAAAAAAGUCAUAAUGACUUCUGUAAUACUCUAUUUUUAUAUUAUCAGUGGGGUGUUAUUUAAGAGUGCCAGUUUUAGGCCAAAGUCAGCUGGAGAAAAAUCAGGCUGAACUUCUGAUCCUGAACCAGCAAGUAGAAAAUCCCAUCCAUGCCCAGCACGGCAGCAAAGUUUUCACUCUGCAGCUGGCCUUUUCUGACAGUAAAGAAGGAUCUUUUCUGCCUCUUGGGCUGGUGAAUUCAGUUUACUGAAUCCCUAGUUCUUGCUUGUGCUGUCUGUUCUUUGUAGGUUUGUUGCAGCCGGAGGGAGACCCUGCUGUCUUUUUAAGCUGACGUGACAUUCAUGGACUUUCUCCCUGAGCCGGGAGCAGCAGGUGAAUAUUCGAGUCCUGUUCUGGUAACGCUACCCAAAACUAAAAGCCCAUGUACUAUUUUAGCUCAUGCCUGCCAUUAGGUACAGAACUGCUUUUUCUUUUCAUACACUUCACCCAUUGCAGGUGUGUCCAGGUGACAGCAGGUCAGAAAGAGCUUACGGGAUUCUCUUGUCCCUGUGAGCAACAAGAAAUUAAAUUUAGAAGUAUUAGAAGUUUACAGUGCAACCUUAAAUUGGAUUGACUCCUGACUCGCUAUAUAUAUCACUGUCAGUGUGAGCCUGUUCACUUCCAUGUUCCAAAUGCAGGUUCUAUAAUGUGAUUGCAAACAAAGCCUUCUCGUGGAUACUGAAGAAAGCUGAUGCCCAGACACUUUUCAUCCUACCAUGGUACUGGAAAUGAAAUUCAUCUGACAAUAGGUUGUUUCUAAGUCUAUGAAUGUAUAUGGGGAAAACCCAAAUACAUGUCUUUUAUUCACUAUCCAGCAUGAAGACAAUUUUGUAUUUUAAACGCUAAAGAAAUAAACUUUGAAAGAUCUUUUAUGGCCUAAGUAUAUAUAUUUUUUGUCCUAUGUUUUCUUUUAUAAUGAACUUCAAGGAAAAUAUUUCUUAUAUUUCAGAAGGGACAUUUAGGUUAGCCAGUGCUGUAUUUUCCAGACAACAAAAGCAGCUUUAAAGUAAACAUCUAAAAAUGAAAUUGUAUUUUUACAUAUGUGAAUUAGAAUUCCUUUAAGUUAAACAUGUCUCCUUAGCAAUUGUAUAUACUUAGACAAAAAGCAAAACCAUUGCAGCUUCUUGUCUCUAUAGUUGUUUGUGUUUGGUGAUUUGUUUAUAUUGCUUUUUCGGAUUGCUCUAAGGGUAUUAAGAGUCCAUGUAAAUCAGCAAUGUUAGAAAUAGAAGUCAGAACUAAAUUUCUUUAGAAGUGAUAGACUUUGUUUCCUGGAAGAGGACCAAGAGUAAGCAUCAGCUAACCUUGUAUUAUGUACUAUACUACUUCAGUGUUGCAGCAUUGUGCUGAAUUUGACAUCUGUUCAAUGGGACCACUUUCUAAACCUUUUUGUAAUUCCCAGCACCUCUCCAGGUGUGUGACACAUUUCUAAUUUGAUCAUAGGUACUAGUUCAUCUUUUUUGGAAAAAUAAAAUUGAGUCAUCAACAAGCUGAGAAAUAAGUCAAAAAAAAUAGCUUUGAUCUCUAUUGUUGAACUUGCAUUGAGGAUAUCAUUUUUUGUAUUUUGGAGAAAAAAAGAUUGCUAUGGUUUUGAACACACUUGAAACUUUAAAUACAAAAUGAAAAAAGUUAACACUGAAAUGAUCACACUCCGGAAUUUUCUUGUACUGCUACUGAAUCCAAGUUAGGCACUGCCAUGAAAAGGAUGCUUUUAGCUGGAAACCUGUGUUGACAGAGCAGGAAUCUGUUUUGUAGAGACUCACUUGUGAGGUAUCAUGUGGUUGUUCCAUCAGUGGUACAACUUCUGUUGUUGACUUCAAGGCUGCUUAAACAGACCUGGUGUGUUUAAAGGAAAAAAAAGCUUUUUAUUGUAAGAGCCCUUGGAUGAGCAGUGUAAAUGUGUAACAUGUAGUGCUACUGGAUAAUAAUGAUCUGAAUGCAUAUUUUCUGCUGUAAAUUUCCCUCAUGUGGCUCCAAUUAUAUGUGUACAUAGACUAUUACCUUCGCACUGAACUGACUAUAUGUCAUAAAAUGAAGAGCAAAAACAAGUAAUGUACUAAAGAUGACCAUACCUUGUGGCUCCAAUUGUGGAAAUACUUUUGCAGAACAAAAAGUAUAGCUUCAGUGUUAUAAAUUUGAUUUUUAUAUUUUUUAUUAAAAUGCAUGGAAGACUAAGGAUAAUAUUUUUUAAAAAUUAACUUGGUUUUGUACAUUUUUUCAAUGUUUAAAACUAUAUGAUUUAACAUUACCUCUGAAUGCCAGUGAUCAGUAAAUUUUUAAAGGAAAUACCUCAAUUCAAGCAUUCUUCUCUUGUUAUUUGUCUGAUAGGUUAAAAUGGACUAUAGGGUGUGAUGAAGUGAGCAUAUGAUGUAGGUGCUUAAACUGUGCUAUAGAAGGUGUAAGAUGAUUUACUGAAAGGGACCUAAAUGAUACAUUGCAAGUGUUGAGUGCAGUUACACAAUCAUGGCUCAUUCUGCCCAACUGGACAUUUUCCUCAUGAAUGGCUUGUAAAUUGAAUUUUCAGCGUGAAGCCAAAUUAAAAAUAAAACAAAAAAUACUUGGUUUC